AGACACUUCCACCUCAGCAACUUCAAGAGUCCAAGAAUGAUACCCAAAUCCAAAAAAAGAAAAAAAAAAGAAAAAGGAAAACUUUCCUGAUGCCAAGAACCAAAGGUUUGCUUCCAUCAAUCCUCUGAGGCUUCUUCCUCUACAGAGAAGUGAGAACCCACCGGCCAUUGUUCGGAUCUGAGCUGCAGAUUUCAAGCUAUGGAAGCGGUCAACGCACCGAGGUUGACCCCACUCUCUGUUCUUUCCGACAGAAGAAACGAACCCAGAAAGACCCCAUUUUUCCCGGCGAAGAAGAAGAGCAUUUCUUCCUCAAUUUCCGCGAAUGGGUCGGCAUUAUCGAGAAACACCAGAGCCAAAGCGCUGACAUACGAGGAAGCUCUCGACCAGUCAAUGAACAGCGCCGGGACCGACUUUGCAGGCGCAAGUGGAGUUCUAGAAACAGUGGCGAACUUUGCCGGAGACAAUCCUGUCUUUGUCGCCGGAAGCGCAGCGAUUCUGGCUGCGCCCCUAAUCGUGUCUCAGCUGCUGAGAAAGCCCAAGCCAUGGGGCAUCGAGUCAGCCAAGACCGCUUAUGGUAAAAUGGGUGAAGAUGCCAAUGCGCAGUUGCUGGAUAUAAGACCGCCUCGUGAGGUGAGGGAGGUGGGGAGGCCGGAUAUCACGGGAUUGAAGAAGAAGGCGGUGACGGUCAGCUAUGACGGCGACGACAAGUCCGGGUUCUUGAAGAAGCUGUCUUUGAAGUUCAAGGAGCCAAAGACCACCACUUUACUCAUUCUAGACAAAUAUGAUGGGAGCUCGGAACUUGUUGCUGAGCUAGUGACAGCAAAUGGGUUUAAAGCUGCGUAUGCAAUCAAAGAUGGAGCAGAAGGAUGGAUGAGCAGUGGUCUACCAUGGAUACCUCCUAAGAGAACAUUGAGCCUUGAGCUCUUCAGCAAUAUCACUGAUGUAUUUGGUGAUGCUCUCGGGGAAGGUGGCGAUGCAGUGACCGCUGGCCUGGGAGUUGCAGCAGCAGCCGGGUUAGGAGUUUUGGCUUUUACGGAGGUAGAAACAAUCCUUCAACUGCUUGGUUCAGCUGCAAUCGUCCAAGUUUUCAGCAAGAAAUUCCUGUUUGCUGAGGACAGAAAGCAAACGCUUCAACAAGUUGACGAGUUCUUGAACACCAAGAUCGCUCCCAAGGAGCUUGUAGACGAGAUUAAGCAAAUAGGGAAAGCACUUUUGCCAACACCAGUAAUUACCAGCAAGGCUCUACCUUCACCUGCAGAGGCGAAAAAUGCAAGACCAGAAGAAGAAGAAGAGGAAGUGACAUCGGCGUCAUCAUCACAGCCAACUCCAUUGCAGCUCAAUUCAGUCGUUAAACCAGAAGCACCACAUUCUACCCCAAAACCCCUCUCUCCUUACCCAAACUACCCGGAUUAUAAACCUCCAUCCUCACCAAUGCCUUCACAGCCAUAGAUUGACAAUCGGUGGUUGCAGCGGAGAACGGUAGAGCUAGCUUGAUGUUCCAUGAAGCUAAGUAUCAAUCAAAGCUAAAGCUAUAUAUAACUACCUGUGUUGCUUGCUGCUAGACAGAUACUUGUUGAGUUUCAGUCCAUUGCCAUAUAUAUGGAAGGGGCAGUAAAAGGAAAGAUCAUUCAAAUCCCACCUAGCUGUUUGGUACUAGAUUUCAUUAUGCCUCUGCUGGGAUGCCAUCAUCAUCAUCAUCAUCAUCAUGUACAUGGGGAUUAAUUAAUGUGGUAACAUCAAAUUAUAAAUACCAUAUAUUGUGAUGAUCAGCCAGUGAACCAUGCACCAACUCACAUCUGCAGAUAUGGCCGGGAUGUCAUCAUGCAUGUGUGCUAUCAUUUCUGUUUCUCAAAUAAGUUUUUGGACUUCAA